CAUCACGCACAUAAUUAUCUAUCUAUGCCUUGAUAUUAUUUCCCCUUUUUCCCCUCCUUCUCUCUCAUCUCCUCUCUCUUUCCCUCUUACCUUCAAUUUAGCUGUAAAUUCCCACUCCUCCUCGCUGCAUCUUCUUCAUUCUUCCAUUUCUGCACCUCUCUCUUUAUUUAUAUAUAUCUUUUUUGAUGAGAAAAAGCUGGUAAUUAAAUCUGGAAUCAGCACAAAUCGAAGAUUGUGAUUAAUUAAACAUGGCAGCUUCUUCUUCCUCGCCUUUCCUCUCAUUAAGAGAUGAAAACGAGCAGCCACAGCAGCAGCAGCAGCUUCUCCCUUCAGCAGCCGCGGCGGCGCCGGCGAACAAGAGGCGGCGGAACCAGCCGGGAAAUCCAAGCAAAUCCGGAUGCGGAGGUAAUCGCGCUGUCGCCGAAGACGCUAAUGGCGACGAACCGGUUCGUGUGCGAGGUGUGCAACAAAGGGUUCCAGAGGGAGCAGAAUCUGCAGCUGCACCGGCGCGGCCACAACCUGCCGUGGAAGCUCCGGCAGAAGAGCACAAAGGAGGUGCGGCGGAAGGUGUAUCUCUGCCCGGAGCCGAGCUGCGUCCACCACGACCCGUCCCGGGCGCUCGGCGACCUCACCGGAAUCAAAAAACACUACUCGCGAAAACACGGCGAGAAGAAAUACAAAUGCGAGAAAUGCUCCAAAAAAUACGCCGUCCAUUCCGAUUGGAAAGCCCAUUCCAAAACCUGCGGCACCAGAGAGUACAGAUGCGACUGCGGCACUCUCUUCUCCAGGCGUGACAGUUUCAUCACACACCGAGCCUUCUGCGACGCGCUGGCUCAGGAGAGCGCGCGGAACCUGAACGCGCCGUCGCUAACCAGCAUAGGGAGCCACCUCUUAGGGCUCUCCCAACAUGAUCAGAUGAACCAAGGAGCCCUAUCAAGUCAUGACAUACUCAGACUGGGCAGGCCCGGCCAGCAAUACGAAACCCUAGUCAGCCCGGGAGGGUUCCGCCCCUCCCCGCGUGGGCUAUUCCUGCACCCAAAUCACGAUCACGACCAUCAAGAUCAUCAAAAUCAAUCUCCCCAUAGUGCCAUGCUGCCCAACAAGUCAUCAUUGCAAAGCCUCAUGCAACUUCCCCAGCUCCACAUGAACAACACUGCCAACACCUCCUCCAACUCUUCCGCUGCCGGUCUCUUCAACCUCAGCUUUUUCCCCGGCAACAACAACAACAACGCCGCCUCCACCAUGGAUGGCGGCGCUCACCACUCCGCUGCUGGAGAUGACUCCACCCUCUUCUCAUCUGGUAAUCUCAUGAGCAUUGCGAUUCCAUCGCUGUACAGCACAUCGCAGGCGAUGCAAACCCCAAGCGGAGGGCAGAUGUCGGCGACGGCGCUUCUCCAGAAGGCAGCUCAGAUGGGCUCCACCGCCACCAAUAACGGCGGCGCCUCGUCGUCGCUGCUGAAGAGCUUUGGGAAGUCACCCGACCACCACAGUUUCGGUGGCAGCAGCGUCUAUGGAGGGAGCAACAGCGGCGGCGGCAACCAUCUGCACGACUUGAUGAUGAACUCCAUCGCGGCGGCGGAGGGAGGCUUCGAGCAGGCGGAGAUGGAAGAGUACAGAGGGUUCCAUGGUGGGAAUAGCAAUAGUCAGCAGAGUGGAUUCAGCAGCUUGGAGCAAGCGGGGAGGCUGACGAGGGAUUUUCUUGGAGUUGGAGAGAUUGUGAGAAGCGUGAGAGAGCAGCAAAGUGGGAUGGAUCAUCUCGGCUCUUUGGAUUUGCAGGGAAAAACCCAACCUUUUGGAGGGGGGAGUUUUCAGUGAAGGGAUGGGAUGCGGGUUUUGGAUUUAAAUGAAGAAAGAGAUAUCAUCAUUUUACAGGAGAUCGAGCGGCUUGAUUGAAGAAGAAGGCUAGCUUGUGUUUCAACAGUGUAUAUGGAUGAUGGAUCCGAACCCCGAAAAAAGUUUUUUCUUCUGCUCUUAUAAUUUUUAGGUGCACUAGAAGAAGGAACGUACCUCAAACUUGUUGUUUUAAUUUUGUAGUGUGACAAUUUUUGUUCUUUUAACCUUUUGAAUGAAUAUUUUGAGGGAAAACAUAGAAAAAGAAUGUACAACUGUAGAAGUUCAAAAAGAACGUUUCAAGUGAAAAUGAUGUUUUAUAAAUUUAUGAAUGAUCAAGUACUGUACA